GUGCGAAGAAAAGUGGACUGGCCCUCCUGCAUUGCAUCUGCGGCUCUCCGUUCAGCUAUCUGUUUUGCUGUUGUUGUCCCAUUCGCUGCCCGGAAGAUCCAGCUGUGCGAGGCUUCUCAGUACUGUCCUUCUGCCAGCCGGUGACACUGGCGUGAGCACGGAGCAGCCGGCAGGCGUCACCCACCAGACGGCCUGGCCGUGAUGGCGCUCGGCAGACCCCUUUUCACCCUUCCCCUCCCCCUUCUGGCUUUGGCGCUGCUGCUGCCGCAUCUCGCGAGCAGCCAGGAGUCGUGUCCUGCGGACUGCAUGACCUUCUACGACGGUUGUAACACGUGCGGGUGUCAGGACGGUCAGCUGACCCACUGCACCGAGAUGUUCUGUGAAGACGACGAGCUGGGCGAGGCCAAGUGCACCACCUGGACCUUCACCAGCGCCAAGGACUGCAGCACCUGCAUCGACAAGGGCGGCCUGUGGAACGACCAGGACGGCAAAUGCCUCAAAGAGUGCCCGGCGAGCGCCGAGUGCGUCAGUGACAUCUCGGACUGCGCCGAGGGGCCGCCGUCUGGCGGCAGACCGUCGCUGGACGACUGCCCCCGCGCAUGCCCCACCGUGUGGAAGCCCGUGUGCGGCUCUGACGGCAAGACCUACAGCAACAAGUGCGCCCUCACCACGGCACGCCAGUGCGACAAGACGGGCAAGCUCAAGACCCUGGCAAUCAUCGACCCCACGGGCCCUUGCGAGGACUACUCGGUGUCGUCCGUGAGGGAUGGCGAGUCGGCUGAGGAGGGCAAUGGGUCAGAUGCCGUGACACUGGGGCCGCAGGAAGUGCAUAUUGCGACCGAGGGAGAGCCAGAGGAGCCAGGCGUGCACUCGCCAGUGGUCGAAGAAGGGGAGGGAGAGGGGCGGGGGGAGGGGGAGGGCCAUGCCGAGCAGCCGCCAGAGGCGAUUACGGAUGGCGACCCGACGGACACACCAUGUAAGCGCGCACACAGACAAACACACACACACAGACAGGCAGAGAGCUAAGAGCCAUGGGAUGGGUGGGUGGGUGGGAACGUCAUGGAUCACUUCCUCUGUGUGUUGUGUGUGUGUUUGUGUGCAGCUGGAUCAUCUCGCGGCGCCAUAACGUCGAAUUUUGGCUAUGCGCUCCUGCUCGCCCCCCUGUUUGUCUAUCUGUGCAUGUAGCCCGCCCCUGCCUCUCUCUCAUUCUCUCCCUCUGGUGUGGUCGAAGUGUUUGGCCUCCCUCCCUCCCUCCCCUCCGCUGCUCACCAGCCAGCAGACGACUGUCUGCGCGCGGCGACGCGAAAGCGAAAGAUGAGGAGGGGGGCCACCCGAGAGACAGACAGGCAGACGCCGGCAGAUGGGUAUGUGUGUAUGUAUCUGUAUUGAGGGCUUUUUUGUGUUUGGUCGGUAGCUUUGUUGCUCUGUGUUUGUGUGAAGAUGGUAGCUGGUGUGUAUAGGGGACGGGACGGUGGGUCGGAUGAAUUUGGAGCGUGUGGGAUGGAUGUGCGCACGUCAGUCAUGAUGUCAUGAUGAUGGCGGCGAUGGCGUGUUUCUGUAUAGCUUCCCCUCGGGUGUCUCCUAAGCGGUUGAUGAUGUGUGUGUGUGUGCUUUGGGAUCUGUGGGCUAUCUAAUCUCUCUCCCUGUGAGCCUGUUGGCCAUGCCUGUACUUGCCGCCCUCCGUACGGUGAUGCUGCCUGUCUGCUGCACACAGGCGGCAGUGCCGUCGAGAGGGUGGUGGGUGCAGGAAUGGCUGACAGGUCACUCACUGGGAGUGCCACGUCCACACGGAAGUAUUGUACACACCGGGGGAUGAAUUGAUUGAUAGUGCGGACAUCGUAUCGUUUUUCGUCUGUCGGUGUGGACCUGUCAGCUUUCAGUCAACCAUGAUUUGUGCAG